AUGCGUUUGAAUGACGGUGAGGCAUAUGCAUACCUGCUUAAUGCCCUUGCUCCAGAACACAGUACACAUGUGGCAUUAGAUACUAAAGACCCCACAGAAAGAGCAAAAAAGGUUCUUGAGCAGGCUGAGAAGCUGGAUUGUAAACGAUACCUAUCUCCUAAAGAUAUAGUGGACGGCUCAGCAAACCUUAAUCUUGCUUUUGUGGCACAAAUAUUUCAGAACAGGAAUGGAUUGACUGUUGACAGUUCAAAGACGUCAUUUGCUGAGAUGAUGACAGAUGAUGUGGAAACUUCACGAGAAGAAAGAUGUUUCCGCCUAUGGAUUAAUAGUCUUGGCACUGCCACUUACGUCAAUAAUGUUUUUGAGGAUCUGAGGAAUGGGUGGGUUCUUCUUGAAGUUCUCGACAAAGUUUCACCUGGCUCGGUCAACUGGAAACACGCAAAUAAACCUCCCAUAAAAAUGCCAUUCAAAAAGGUUGAGAACUGCAAUGAAGUUGUAAAGAUCGGGAAGGAACUGCGCUUCUCCCUUGUCAAUGUAGCUGGUAAUGACAUUGUGCAAGGAAAUAAGAAACUACUUCUCGCACUCUUGUGGCAACUAAUGAGAUAUACAAUGCUCCAACUUCUGAAGAACUUGAGAUCUCACUCGCAAGGUAAAGAAAUUACAGAUGCAGAUAUUCUAAACUGGGCGAAUAGGAAAGUGAAGAGAGGGGGCCGAACUAGUCAGGCUGAGAGCUUCAGGGACAAGAACCUGUCAAGUGGAAUGUUCUUUCUGGAACUUCUUAGUGCGGUAGAGCCAAGAGUUGUCAACUGGAGCCUCGUUACCAAUGGCGAAACAGAGGAAGAUAAGAAGUUGAAUGCCACAUACAUCAUCAGUGUUGCACGAAAGCUCGGAUGCUCCAUAUUCCUGUUGCCUGAGGAUAUCAUAGAGGUGAACCAGAAGAUGAUGCUUAUUUUGGCGGCCAGCAUCAUGUACUGGAGCCUCCAGCAACAAUCAGACACAGAGUCUAAUGUCUCAGAAGAUGCCACUGAUGAAGGCGAUGCAAGCUCUGUUGCUGGUGAAAUCACCAAUUUGUCCAUCGAUGGGGGUUCUGAGUCCAGUCCCACCUCCCAGGAUCAAGAAUUGCUGACAAAGGCAGACAAGGAUGAGGAUGAGGUUGAUGGUGAGAAUAAGAAAGAUGCAUAAUGCGUUUGAAUGUUAAUUUGAUCGCUCUUUUUUGGUUUUUGUUGCGUGAAGUUUUGAGCCUUGGAUUUUUUAUUGGCACAAAGGAAAUCCAAAAGAAAGAAAGAAGAAAAAGGUUUGAUGUAUACAAACAAAGAGGCUUUUUGGUACACAAUGUAAAACUAAUUGUGUACCUAAACCUCAUUUUUGAAUUGUGAAAGUUCUAUUUUAUUUUUUGAACAUCUUUUUUUUUUUGAACAAUGGUGGGAAAUAGUAAUGAAGUCAUCUA